AUGACGUUCGCGGUGUGCGUGCGUGCCGCGCCGUUUCUUUUUUACCCGUCUCUCGACACCGUACGAGGUGUACGCACUUGUGCCUGUACGUUAUACCGUUUCGUGUCGUCUCGUUUCACCGCUGUCCGCGUACAUGUACGUGUAUGUUAUGGUAUACCCGCGCGUACAAUAAAUUAUCGUAUUUUUACGAUUGCGUUUCGAGUAUGUUAUCUCUCUCUCUCUCUCACACACACACACACACACUCUCUUUCUCUCUAUCUCUCUCUCUCUCUCUCUCUCUCUCUCUCUCUCUCUCGGUGUACGUAAUACGCGCAGUAUUGCCUGGUCGUCGGCCGUUCGCCCGGGUCGCGACCGUACAGCAGCGCGGCCGGCACCAGCGACCAGCGUCUGCAGCGGCGACGGGCGCACGUCGACAAGAGCGCGUCUAGACGCAACGUCGGCCACGGAAACGCGUUCCGGCGGACGACGGAGUUUCGUUUCGGGGGCCGGAAACGCGCGAGAUAACGAACGGUAGCGUUGUUUUUUUUUUAAAUUUUAAUCGGCUGUCCCGGGAACGCGAAAUCGCCGUGUCUCGCACCGACCGCGCCGGCGAAUGUCCCGUCCAGACAGACCAUAGGUGUUCUUUAACCCCACGGUCCGCGGGGCGGCCGGUGGGUGGUCCGCGGGCGCCGCGCCCACAAAAUUGAAAACAACAAUACGCGACGCGAUAGCGGUUGUUGCAAUCUCACGACCGACGCCCGACGCGGCGUUGUUUUGUUCCACGCGCGAAAACUUUGAGAUUGAUUUGAUCGAUAGUUCCCGAAGUACGACGGCGUAGAACCGACGGGUAUCCGAAGUACGGUUCGGAACCGUUUUGUCUAAGUGGUCCGUUGUGUCAAAAACAUCAAGAACCACCGGUUCAGAUGUAUGCGUUCUAUGAUUCAGGGACGUCCUGUCACAGUGCCGCGUCUCGGUACCUAUCUGUAUUUCUAACGGACAAUAACAUUAUGUACACAUCGAAAAUGCGUUCACGUAAAACAAACGAAAAGACCUUUGGAACAAUUUUGUUUAGACGCGUUAUACCCGCUAAUAUCGUUUUCCAUUGUGAUUCUACUCGUGAACACUACACACGGCUACUUGCAAAUACGCUACACUCCUGUAUAUUAUGUUAGUACAACGUGGAACAUGACUUACAAUCGUACCAUAUUGAUAUACAAUAUCUAUAGGCUAUAUAACACACAUAUAUAUUAUAGUUGAUAUCAUUAUUAUUUCAUCGCCGCUGGAAGAUAAACACGAAAAUAGUGAAUUUAACGCGAAAACGACUUUUUUGUUGAAACCCAUAGACAAACGGAUAAUAAUAUUUAUACAAAUACAUACCGAUGAUAAACACAAUAAUGCAAGAAUGGUCGAAUAAUAUGAUUCUAUCUACACGGUGUAGAGUUUAUGCAUCCCCAAACCGUCAAAAUCGACGGUAUUGUUCUUUCUUCUGCUCUCGCGUAGCACUAGCUGGUUGAUAGCAACAGUCAAUAAGUGCAGUGAGAUUAAAAACGCUAUAAAAACAAUUAUUAAAAAAAAAGUUACAUUUCUGAGAAAGAAAAAAAAAAAAAUUCUAAAAUACGACUUGCCGUGCGUUCGAUAAUAUCGUGUUGAAUACUCAGAGAAUAUUGCAAAACGCCAACGAGAUUGCAGUAUUUGAAAGGUUGUCGUCUACGGAUUGUACAACGGGUGUUCCAUCAGUUCCAAAACCUUUUUAAUUUGUUUUACUUUAAACGGAUUUUUUUUUUUUUUUUUGUUAUUUCGCCGGUUAGAAAGACGGUGACGGCAAAUGACGAUACUGUUGUGACGGCCUCGUAAACCGUUCGAAUGACGAUAAAUAACACUGCGCGUCGGUAUAAUGUGCACGUACGGCGGCGAGAUAAUGUACAAUUAAAGUAGUAUAUUUUUUUAUUUUUUUUUUUUUUUUUCACUGCGAUGCGAAAAAAAAUAUACAUAAAAAUAAUACAGUUAUACGCGGAGCAUUGUCUUUCGUAUUCGCCCAUCAGAUAAUAUUGUACUGCGGUUUUCCGGACAGACGUUUUUUUUUUUUCUCUCUCUCUCUUCCGCCCGGAGCCGUUUGUCAACCACCCGCGUGCGAAAACGCGACGGCGACCGAAUGUAUAUUGCACCCGUGUCGUUGAACCCUCUUGUUGCGCACAGCCUUGCACAGCGCACCUCGGGACCUCGGCAGGACUGCCGGCGCGUUUUUUACGCGAGUUACAAUGUCGCGUUUUAACGCUAAAAAAUUCGCAUCGCAACGCUAUUAUACCGUACGCUCACCGUGAACCGGGUGGGUAAACGGCAAUAACGCGUGAAUAUACAGAAUGAGAGGCUAUCGCAUUCAACUGCGACUCGGGUUCAACGGAGAUUCUCUGCAACGUAGCACGCGUUCACGCGCCCGCACCCUAAAUUCUAAAACGUUCGGACCUAUUCGACCUAGUCGACGAUUUCGACAGCCAAUCGCAUUCGUCUGUCGAUCUUCACGUCCGUUACACGAACACGUUUUAACGGGUACACGAUUAAACGUUUCUAUUGAUAAUAAGAGGAAUCUGUACGCCGAAUGCAAACAAUAAUUGUACACGCCGUGUAAAAUAUUAUCGUUUCCGGUAUCAAUGGAAUUUAUUCCGCGUUGUAUUCUGUACACAAUAAUGUCCGUCGUCCCUAAACACUCGUAACGUACGGAUAGCGUUUAUCAAAUUAACAUAAUCAUAAUUGAAUGACUGUAUAACAGUUAUUACGUAUACUUUCUUGAAAGACGUAUGCGCGAAACGUUGAAUCAGCGGAGCAAAUAGGACCGGAGGUCUUUGACUCGAGUUACCCACUAAUUGUGAUAAUAAUACAUCUAAUGGGUACUUAUACGCAUACCGAACCGCGGUGGCACCGGAGCUAUUACGUAUACCGGUUACGGUAAAUUUUUUUAACUAAUUUCAAACCGACUGUAACAAAAACCGUGUUCUCGGUAAAUCUUUUACGCGAAGAUUGGGCCACCGUGUGUAUUCUCAUUUUUUUUUUUUUUUCUUUUAUAGAUUCAAAUAGCGAAGCGAGAAAUGCAUUGGUUGCAAACUAUAUGAUGCGUAUUAUUUUUUUUUUUUCUGCGUCCGUAAACAACGUUUCUACCGAAAUUCUCGCCCCAAUCGAAAACUUUAAAUGGACUGUUUUUGAUGUGCUGAGAAUGUACUUUUUCGAUUUUCCACGUAUAUUUCUUAACACCGACGGGAAAGACCGGCAAUUAUUCGUAUCAUUCCGUGUAUUGAUAUGUGGAAAUACAACUAAUUAUUAUACACUCUGCACAGAAUCAUUUUUCAAUGGGGGCAAUGACUUAUCGUUACGUGCAGCUAUAAAUUAAAUAAAUUACCCCGUACAAUAUAUUCUCCUUUUUAAACUUUUCUCCUGCUAAUGGAGUGUGGUGACACGCCAUCGGCAGUUUCGGCGUUUUAUUUUUUUUUUUUUUUUUUUUAUAUACGGUGGCACGGGAGUUUGUUAGUGGAAUAUAUUUACUAGUAAUUACUAUACAAAUAGUAGAUAAUUAAAUAUUGUACUUUUUUAUUUUAAUUUUUUUCGACUAUAUCAUCAUUAAUCCUUGAAAUAAUUGUUUCUGAAACUGAUUGCAUUUAUCGGAGAAAAAAACGUAACAAUGUUUUUUCGAACGAACAAUAAAAACGAAUUUCGUUUGUACACGCCGUAUUGUAUUAAAUAAUAUAAUAUUAUAACUGAAACACGAGCCCGUGUAAGUAAAACUGCAAUUUGAUUGGCAUCGAAUUUUUUUUUUUUUUUUUUUUCAAGAGAAUUGCACUCCGAUCAUAUUAUAUGGUACCUUACUCAAAACGCGAUAUUUAUUCCCAUACGUAUUAUCAUUCAUAAAACUCAAUUUAGAUUUGAAUGUCUUUUUGAAGUAUACGUACAUUUUAUUUAAAAUGCGUCUAAUAUAUUAUUCGAUUUCGAACAAGCAAUAUUGCAUGCGUGUGUCGGUGCGAGCGUAUAUCAUAAUAAAUAUAUACAUUUUCUUUUGAAAAAUUUGAAUACAAGUUCUUAUAAAAAAAAAUGCGUCUAUAACGUCGUAAUUUAUUAUUAAAACUCGUCGGUUAUGUCGCCGUACAACACAUUUUGAUCGUAUUACAACGUUGAAAUAACAAUAAUAAUAUAUAAUUAUACUGAUUGUUGUUAGGUGUAUUUUUGAGCGGCCGACGUCUCGCGUAGGUAAACGACUUCGAUAUAAUUUUUCGUUCGGUAUUUAAAUAUAUAUUAUUACGUUCGGGUAAUACGCUUUCUCGACAAAAAUGCGUUUUCCACAAUAAAGCCAAAACAGUUUUGAAUGAUAUUUAUCGCAUGAAUAAUUCAUAAUAUAGCACGGUUAUAUUCCUGGGUAAUGUUCUGCGGUUUACUGUACUUUUAGUGAUAAUAAUAUACAAUACCCAUUCACAUGUUAUGCGGCACUAGGUCAUCGAUGCAGAUGCGUGAUCGUCUUUUUUCUUUUUUUUUUUUUUUACUCUAACGGUGACGUCGCACACUAAAAACCCACGUAAUAUUUGUUCAAUGCCCGUGCACAACACCACAAUCGGAAACACCUCACAAGUCGAAAUUGUGUUAAAUCGUUUAACUCUGUCACAGUUUUUCGAUUUUCUCGAUGUAAUCGGUUAAUGGGGUUAAAAGGGUAAUGCGCAUUGCCACAGAACUCGUCGGUUUGACAAUAUUUUACUGUUGGAUCUCGUUCGAAAAUUCAACGUCGCCGAAUAAAUAUUUCCAUCGGAUGCCGCGUUUAAUAUUACGCUCUAGUAUUGCCUACAUCGGUUUAUACUUGUCACUAUUUGCCGUUGAAUUUAGAUCCAUGGCUAGAAAUAAGAUUAUAUUAGGACCGAUUGUAUUCAAUAAUGGCGCGAUCAUGCGAUUACGUUCCAUUGUCGAGUUUUUAAAAGGCAAGGUAAAAUGUCUAAUGCACCCGAAAAGCCGGUCAGUAACUAUAGUUAAAAAGUUGAAAUUGAAAUUAUAAGUUACCCUUUUCAAGAUCCAUUUUAACUUGACUAGUUUUUUAAAAAUAUAAAACAAUAUGUUGGAAAGUAACUUAUACCUAAUUAUUUCUUUUGGUAAAUAAUUUUAAUUUAACUUUAUUAAUUUAUUAAAAUUUAUGUUAUUUUCUCAAAACCACGUUCCUAUGUUUUCGCAUUUAUUUUUUUUUUUAACGAAAAUGACUUGUUUUUACGCGGAUAACAUCGUUGCAUAACAAUACGAACCUGCGACGCGUGCAUAGCUAAGGUAUACCCGUGCGUGAAUUGAAUGGUAAGUCUUUAAAUAUUAUUAGAGUGAAAAAUACGUUUAUGAGCGUUUAGUAAAAGACAAUUCGAAAAAGUAACUUUAAACUACAGAUAACUUGCCCGAGUUAUCGUUUUUCAACUCGACUUGGUUGACCGAAUUGGUUUAUAUUGACUCGAUUAAUUAAACUGUAGUUUAUAGAGAUCGCAGAAGAGGUGAAGACGAGACUGUUAAGGCGGUUAUGCAGUGGAAACACCUCGGGGAGGAAUAGGUAGAGCAGGAAAAGACGGAUUCACGCGGUCGAAGAGGAUUUGGUGACCGGAGAUAGUGGUUCGAGAUUAGAGACGGGCGGCGGCUGAGUGCAGUGAGAGGCUUGAGAGAAACAAGGUCAAAGCGGGAUAGGAUACGUCUCUGCAGUCUCCGCCCGUCAAUACGUCCGCGGUCCGCGAAAGAGAGACAGACGGCGAGAGAUGGUGAAAAACCGAUCGGUCGGCCCGCGCUCGGCUUCGGUGAACACGGUAAAACUCCCGUUAACGGUCACCUCUAUGCAACGGCGAUUUUUGAUUUUUUUUUUUUUUCUUUCUCUUCGCCCCGUCAAGUGUUACCGCGUCUGUCCGUCGGGUAACCUACCCUAGAGCACGGUCACCACUAAACGGCGGCGGUCGUUAUUUCCGGUCGCUCCGGCGACCGGCCGUUGCGUGGAUGUUUCACCGUAUCCGUCCGACGACGGCGACAGAUCUCCGCGGCGCGGGUGCAAUGUCGGCACCACGGCACAUUUGCGAAACGACGUCUGCGGUCGGGGUAUCGUACGCGGUAACGGUUUAGGAGGGAACCCCCGCGACGAGGGGGAAAACAACAGAGAAAUACCGCGGUGUCCGAGAAAUCACGCGUCGUAACAAUAUUAUCGUUGUCCCGGCGCGCACAGGUAGAGGCGUGUAUCACGUAAGGACGGGGGGAAAAAAAAAAAAAGGAAAAAAAAACAAAAAAGGAAACGACGCGGCGAUUGGUCACACCCGGUUACCGUUUACGCGUAUCGUAAAACAGCAUAACGACAAUAACGCGUAACCCGGAGCCGCGGCCGUUAAUCGUUAUUGUGUUAUCCGGGUCGCGGUAUCGGGGUUUCGUUCCAUUUCCCCGCCGCCGCGGCGGUCGGUUGUUUAUUUUUUUUUUUUUCCCCCCCGUUCCGUCGCGUUCGACAAAACAUAAUAACACGCACGCGGGGGCACGCGGUGUUUUCGCCGUCGCCCCGUCGACCGGAAAAAAACCAGAGCGGAGCCGGUACCCGCGAGCCGCCAAAACACAACGGCUGUGCGGACGACGAAACGCCGGAUUCCCUCGCAACGGAUUCUCACGUUUCGCGAAAUAAUGGAACGCGCGUUAUCAUUAUUAUCGUUAUUAUUGUCGUCGUCGUCGUCGCCGUACACUAUCCCGAGCGUAGUGGUCGCGCGUUCGAUUGUUGCCGUAACGCGCGGUCGGACGAUUUUACGCGCGACAAAGUGGUUGUCGUUCCACCGCCGUUCCGUUCAUCGGCCCGAAACGUUUAUCCCCGUCGACGGCGCGCCGAUACAAUAACAAUUAGUCUUUUAUGUCUCGGCCGCGUCGUACGUACCGCGACGAUUGUAUUACUCGUAUUAUUCGAUUAUUUUUUUAUUUCCCCCCCCCCCAUUUCUCGUCUCGCUGUUAUUUUUCGCCUCGUCCGCGAUAAUUGUUACGACGACGACGGAUGUAAUAAAAGAACGUUCUCGGCUAUACAGCAGCCGCCGCGGUUCUCCGUCGUAAUCGGACACUGUGACGGCGGCGGCGGCGGCUCGCGUAAUUCACGGCCGUCCGGUCUCGUCGUCUCUCCGGUUCAUCGGUCGCCGUCGAAAAACCGUCGGGUUGUAGAAGGAAAAAAAUACAAAUACAAAUAAUAACGAUAAUAACGUUCUACCCGUCGAGUAUUCCCGGCGACAUCGACACGGCGUUACGCGUUCGGACGCGCUGCGACGCGUUCGUCAACCGUCCACGGCCGUUUGCCGCGUCGGCCGCGCGAUGACGCGCACGGCGGACGCGUAUUCACGGGUAAAACCACGCGGCCCGGGCCGAACUCCGACGGGGAGGGAGGGGUCCGUAAACGCACCGCCGCCGCGCGUUUCGUGGGUUUUCCCGGGUCGCGCGUUUCUCCCGUUCGGACGGCCGGCGGCGGAACAAAAACGUUUCGGUAACGCACGACGCACGCGGGCGGACUUUUGUCCGAAAACAAUGUUCACAUUUCGCGACAGGUUCGGAUUUCCGAUUUUCCAAUGGUUUACCGGCGCUCGUCCCGUUCCCACUGUUCUCCUCCGCCUCCGUCCCGUCCCAACUGUACUUCCACCCGAUAAAUCUCCCCCGUUUUGUCCUUGCGCGCGCCCGCCGUCGGUCUCACCCGAUCGCCUCCUUUUCGGUCUGUUAAAACUACAACAGCGUCUACUGUUUUCAUAAAAGUGUUGUUCGCAACCACUUAAUGUCAUCCGAAAAUUAGGUCUGGGAAACAUUUAUAUGCUCCCAGAAACGCAACGCUAAACAAGCACAGAAAUCGAACGAAACGAGUUUUUUUCGGCCCGCCCUACUGUGUGAACAACGUGAGCGAGAAUUUCGAAAAGGCGUUUAAGUUUAUACACCGAGGUUUAAAAACGGCAAUAAACCGUGGCAAUCAAAAACACAGAGCUCAUACAUAAACUACAGUAGGUAUUCAGUGUUGGUGUUUGUUUCUUUAGCCGAGAUAGGUAGCUGAAAAAUCGACAAAAAUAUCACCAAUGUACCGCAAUGUAUCGUCAUUUAUUGUCGGGAGUUUAAAAAAUCGCGCGAACAAAUUACCGCCGGGAGGAAAUUCAGCGCAUUUUGACGCGAGACACGAAUCGGAGAGUAGUCGGAGAAUUUUCAGUGACUUGUGAAAAAAAACGCACAUAUCAAUCACACUAAUAAUACGUAUAGGUUGCUUCUCCGCCGUACUGAGAAUCUGAAACGGAAAAUGAAAUCAGUUUUUUAAUGUAUUCCCCGGAAUAAUCAACGGAUAGAAUUUCGCAUAAUCGAAUAAUAAUUGCGGUAAUUGGGCAAUUUUUUUUAUACGUAAAACUGUAGUUGACCGGACCGGUAAAACGACGCCGACGGGUAACGGUUUUUCGCGAACUAAAAAUAGUAACUAACGUUACUUUUCAAACGGCGUUUAUUUUCGACAGAAAUAAACGUUAGUAAAACGUUCGCUCUGCCGAAAUCUAAUCUCGGUACCGGUGACCCGCGCGGUACAAAAUUAAAUAUUUACCCGGCCAGUGUCGAACGACGGACCGCGUGACUUUUAUUUCUCGUUGUUUUCGUUAGACUCUCGGCGUUUCACGCGAUUAGCUGAUAUUCCUCCGUCACUUCGGUUACUCCGGACGGUCUUCAGUGUUCACCACGAACACACCCGCCCCGGAACACGCGUUUUCGAAUCCCGCGCCGGCAGUUUACCCACGCGCUCGGCUGCUCUCCCGGCUGCGUCUCGGCCGGCGCGCAGGGUUACCGCCGGACGGCCGGUUUGCAUUUACCGUUAAUCCGCGCGACAACAUUUCCGUCGGUGUGCAAUAGGUGGCGCGGAUAUUGCGAUGUGGACAUAGUAACGUCUGUCUCGGACAAUAAUAUUUUAUUCCGCGCCGGCCAACGUGACUGUCCGUCGAAUCGCGAAACCGGUUUAACAAUUGCACGGCUGAAUAUGAUAUUACGCACCCGUGUGCGCGAUACAGUUGAGACUUUGCGGUCUCUUUUUCGGACGGUCGGCACGUUUCACAUGACGUCUACGUUACGUCGAACUGAAAUUUCGUCGGAACGUCCGACGGUUUUUGUACGGCACGGUUCGCGUUAUUACGGAUCAAUUCAAUACGCGAUAUUGUGGCGCUGUACAAGUCAUGCGCAUUUAUCUACGGGAUAAUAUUGUUUGUUUACAUCUGAUCUUGUCCAAAUGAAAACAAUCGAUGUCCAAAUGAAAACAAUUUACCUUUUUAGUAACCCGUCUAGAUAAAAAAAAAAAAUAACGCCGGGCAGUUAAAAAAAAAAAAAAACGUAUUAUUACAAAUAACCGCGUAGGAAUUAUUUUAACUGAAUAUACUCUUAUCUCCCUGCUAGUGUGGUCUCGGCAUAAACGGGAAUAAACAGCGGCGACGUCACGGUCGUCUAACCACCUUCUCGAAAUCAUAAUUAUACAAUUUUUGUUGGCUCUGUCUUGUUGUGCGCCACUUGUAUGCAUUUGUACGUUUUAUAUAAUUGUAUCUGCGGCAUAGUUUAAAAACGCGUUGCAUAUAUGUCCAUCCGUAUCUAGAUGGUUUUGGAAAAAUUAAUCUUUGUCUGUAAAAAAUGUUACUUUUCUGCGCACUUACAAUAGCGUCGAUAUAAGGUCAUUUAAAUAAAAUCAAGUUUUCAAUGGGUUUUACUGUUGGCGUGCGCUUAUCAUUUUGCACGUAAACAGUUUUCCCACUAGAAAUGUGUUUUCAAUUCAAAAAUUAAAAAGAACAUUUUUUUGUAGCGUUUGGAUCUAGUUGGCACAUAUAAGGUGGUCGGUUUUUGAUUUUUCAAAUAUACAUCUUAAUGAUCGGGCAAAAACACAGGAAAAACUGGAACGUUUAUGGCAAUAACGGUUUCAUUACCUACAUAUAUUAUUAUUAUUUUUUUACUGUUGUAAUUCGGUUAAAAUAAUUGUAGAUAUCUGAAACGUUUGUAAAACACUUAUAUUAGACAUUUUCUAAACGCUGUCUAACUCUAAAAAUAUACUGGCGAUUUUCGAGCUAUUUAUGGGAAUUUGAUACUUUCGAAUUUUUUUUAGAUUUUAUUCGGUUUUAUACGGAUAAAAUUAUUUAACUUGGUGGCCAAAAAAAAUAAUAACAAUAAUAAAAUAAAAUAAAAAAUUGACUAUAAUGUAGCGGUUUUAUUUAUAAAAGAUCACGGAAUUUCGAUUCGUGUGUUACCAGACUUCGCUCAAAAUCGUUGUCCAUUUUACAAUGAUUGAUCGUCGCGUACUUCCCAUUUUCCCGUCUACAACCGCGGCACAUCCGUUAUCGGUUAUUUUUUAUUUUUUUAAAAUAUUAUUCUAGGAAAAUUUGAUUUAGGCAUUAUUUAAACGUACCGAUUUCACAUACACUGUUUGUCCGUAUAUUCGGUAUUGCUUUGCAGAAUUUCCAAAAAAACAGACAUAAUAAUGUUGUUACCGUGGUGUUACCCAAUUUUCUUUAUACGAAUAAUCGAUUGUUACAGUUUCGUUAUAAUAAGUAAUAGCUGCAUAGUUAGUUUGGCCGUGAUUAGUUAACGAAAAUUGUAGUACGGUCAGCCGGUGGAAAUUAUACGUGGAUAAUACACGUAUAACCGGGGAAUGAACACGAAUCGGGUUUAUGAUUAUAAUCAUUUAUUUUUUAUUUUUGGUAAACCAACGGAGAAAUAUCGACCGAGUGUAGUAACGUGCCGUGUGAGUGACAUGCGACAGUCGUUGUAAUAUUUUUGCCUGUACCGCCAACACUAAUCGUAUAAUUUACAUUGUAAACGCGUGCGUUUAAUUUAGAGAAAGAGAAACGAUACAUUUAUUUUUGUUUUAUUAAAACACCGAGCUAAGGCUGACUGGUAAAUGUACGGAUUUUCUAAACUCAAUUAGAGAAAUUUCACUCAAAAGUUGAUUGUGAAAAGCUAAUUUAAUAUUCUUCUGUGUCAGUUGGUUACUUUGUGGAGUUAAAAUUAAAUGAACUUCGAAUUAAUCUAGGCGAACAGAUUUAUUUAUAUGAAACCUUGUCCUUAUUAGGUAGCAUUUUAAAUUUAACUAUAUUUCAGUACACAAUUAUUUAGCUUGCUAAAUUGAUAAAGUUAUGAAGUUGCUGAAGGUGAAACAAAAAACUUACAAAGUAAAAGGCUUGAAAUAAACUUGAUUUAACAACACAACUUAAUAUUAAAAAACUACAGAAAAUUAGCGCAGCAGAGAUGAGAAUGCUUAGGUGACGGGAGACGAGAAGGAGCGACGAGGCGUGACAAGAGUAAAUAUGAUAAGAGAUGAGUACAUAAGAGGUAGCUUAGGCGUGGCUUCAAUAAUUGAUAAAAUGAGAAAAAAUAGUCUGAGACGGUUUGAGCAUACCGCGGAGAAGGAGGGGAUCUGAGGCGGUAAACAUUGUAAUGAAAAAAAAAAAACGCCAGAGGAAAUAGGCAGAGAGGAAGACUGGAUAAGGGACGGUUGCCCGCGGGAAAAAAAAGGCCGAAAUAUUUUUCAACUAAUACCUACAUUUCGUACAUUUUCCCGUUUUUCCUCCGUUUUGUCCCGGUUUUUUCCCCAUUUGUCGAGAAAAUCGAAAAACGACCUCCUUAACGUACCACCCGGGGAAAAUUUCCUUUCAGAAAAGGGUCUAUAUUGUGUACACCGGAGCAAGGUUUCUGUACAAGAAUAUAAAAAAAAAAAAAAAAAUAAUAAUAACAUUAAUCGUCUUUGUAAAACCGAUACAUUGUCCGCUACGCUCAGGGUCCGGAACGAAAUUAAUACGUUUCCGUUUGGACCGAAAUGCUACGUUAUUUAAUUAUUUUUCGUGAAAGAAAAAAAUAAAAAAAAAAAAAUCCGUACAUACAUCAGGCGUUUUUCGUUCGGUACACGAUAAAAGAUGGGUCAUGAAUCCGCCAUCCGAGAUAAACCCGAAAAAACAUAUAUAAAUAAAUAAUACAGAACGCGUUGUUUAAAUUACAACCGCGAACGUCGUACACUCGGUCAGGUUAGGUCCGUCGCGUCGCGCUCUUCCCGUUUUCCAGCAUGUUCGCUAAUAGUUUUUUUGGCCGUUCAAACGCAACGGGCGAUCGCGUCGGUGCGGUUUGUUCCCGCGGAGCUUUCGUCGGCGCGAACGCCGGCGGCAAGUGUUCGCGAACGCGUUCGCCCGGUACCGGGACGGAAAUCGUCAUUCCCGUCCGCGGCGCGUGCGGACGGAAUCGACGCGGUCCGCCCGGAAUCCGGGAAUUUCGACGAACGAAAAAUAUUGUUUCGAGAAAAAAAAACCUCAAUUUCAAACCGACAACGUUCAUCAUUACGAUUAUUGUUGCGCGUCCUCCGCGAACGAGCCAACGCCCGUUUCGGUUUAACACCGGCACAAGGACGGCGGUAACGCGUCAUGACGACCACGACGGUAACAACACCGACAACGACAACGACGUCUGUCGCGCACUCUUUUGGGAACGCGUACGGUGGGGGGGGGGCGGUGGAGUGGACGCGACGCGCGAGUCGUUGACUGAUCGCCGUCGGACGCCCGUGCGUGUGAUACGGUCACCGCGGUCACCGCCGUACGAACGCAUUGUCGCGUCGUCGUUACCGACGCGGAGUGACGCCCGCCGGCGCGUUCGCGUUCGCGUUCCCCGGCGGCGCACCGAUAUCGCGCUACUUUGAUAGCCCGGGAUCGCCGGCGCGUCGCUGCUGCGGCAAUAAUCGUGUCGUCCGCCGUACCGGGCGGUCGCGCAACGAAACCGACGGGCGCGUCGGUUUUCGCGAUUUCUCCCCCCUCCCCGACGAAACCUCGGUCGAGGUUUAAGGUUUUCCGUCUCGGACGUCCGCGUCCGGUCCGCGGAGACGAUCGUCCGAGGUGCACAAGUGUUUCGAAUGUCCGUUUGUCGCUCACUUUUUGACGUGGCGACGAAACGACGUUUGCCUUUAAACAUUGCGCGCGCGCGUAUUCGACCCGCGGCCACGGAGCAAAGACGAACGCCGCGAAACGAUAUUCGAGCAUGUCGUCGGACUGCGUACGACCGGGUCAACAAAACAACACCGUCAACACGUUGAAUUCGUGCGGCGCGAGAUAUAAUUGAACCGUUUACGUCCGAACGCUUUCCGCGCGUUCGGUACGACAAUAUCCGAUAACGAGUUAUUAGAACGACGGAACAGUACGCGUUUUGACCGGCGGCCCGCCGAGAGCGCGCAUUUUAACCGUGCCGGCCCCGUGGUCCAUGCGAAUAUAUGCCGCCCGGGACGACCGUCACUUCUUCUCUGUCGAUCGAGCGCGAAACGAUUUCUCGAAAAAACGCCCAAAAAGAACACGAAAACAGUACACAGAAAUCGAUUUAUGGGCACGGGGUGUUCAAAACGAGCUCGUCCCGUCGAGAACGCUCGAACGCGUGUGGUUUUCGGACUCGCAGUACUACAACACGACGCGUCAAUCGAAACAAUGACAUUUAGCGCCCGUAAAUAUUCCGUCCGGCUUUCCCCGGUCGCACCCGGCGACGCGGCGACGGGCCUGACGACCGUGUCGCGAACCCUCGACGGUCGUCCGCGGACACGCGAGAUUUCGCCUCGUGUUUCGCGGCCCUCCGGGCAAACAAACGCCCGGAGUCUUCGGACCGCCGAGCGCUGUUGCGCCGCGGUUUCCGCGAGCGGCCGGCGCGUCGUCCGCGCGUUCGCGGAGACCGACAGCGCAACGACAAUGUCCGUUAAACUGAUUAGCGCCGUUGCCGCUCGUGUAUCGGCGGGCAUACGCGUGACGGAGGGGUGCGUGCGCGUACAGCGAUAAAACGGGGGGUUGCGAUCGCGUUGCGCGACCGUUCGAUGUCCGGACGAUUGCGUGCACUUUUCCGAUACCGACAUUGAAAAACGCGCCGUCGGGCGUACGCGUAAUCUCGCCGGAGAAAUUUUAUAUGUUGAGAAAAAAAAAAAAAAAACCCGUUGCCCGCGCAACGUUCCCGUCUCUGUCGGUUGUCGACCGUCGGUCGAUUCGUUUCCAGCGUAUUGAAACUAACAGCGCUCGAUUAUCUCCCCCCCGAUUAACGCGAAUUCACCACGUCCGGCAAUGCGCGCGUAUUGUCGUGUUGCAUUUCCCCCACCCACUCCCCCCGAAACGUUAUUUUCGACGCGAGCACACACGUUAUAUUAAUUGAACCGAAUAAUUUAUAUGCGAAAAAAAAAACCUUUUUUUUUUUUUUUCUCAAAGAAUUUAAACAAAUUAUCUAAAAGACAUAAAACGCCAUUAUGUUAUUAUGGUUUUACAGUAGUUUUCACGGUCUAGUUCAUACGGCCCAACCGAAACGGUCAAUCGCGCAGAACAGUGUGAUAAUAACACGAAACGCGUAUAAUUUAGCGACCAUUCAAACCGAGUAGCUCCGGUUUUUACAGUUAAAAUGUUGCGUUUUGAUGAAAAAAAAAAAAUAAAAUAAUAAUAAUAUUCACGUACCACACGACACUCUGUAAUGUACUGUUCUGUAUUGUUCCUGCGUAAAAUACAAAAUAAAACCGAGACUGUCAUAACAGUUCUUAGACUCCUUGAUUCGUACGUGCCCCGAGCGCUUUUUAACGUGUCGGAGUAAAAUUAUAUUUUUCCAUUUUCUGAUUUUAGGUUUUUGAAACCCAUGUGAGGUUCAGACAUGGAGGGUACCGGUACCCGGUGGCUGGUGACCCUGUGUUUGCUAACGGCAGCGCAAUGUAUUCCUUCCAGGGUCAAUUCUCAAUCGGAAACCGACUCCGAAGACUCCAGGAGAGUUCUCGGUUCGAGGUACGUUGAUAAUGAAUAUUCGUGUGUCGACGUAUGACGCGUUUUAAUGUACGUUGUGUGUUUUUUUUUUUUUUUCUAAUCGUGUAGCGUGGUAACAUCCGUGUCCGUAAUAAUGGACCACGGAAACGGCACCAAGACGUACUUUGCCGACGGACAGAGUAAAAACGUGCACAAGCCGACGGACGCCAUAAUCGGCAGUCCCGGUAAUUUACUGUCGCCGGACCGCUAUGAGUUUUACACGUUCGACGAAACGGGAGAUUUAGUCAAACGGUUAAUGACGCUGGACGAAAUACACGGUUUAAUCGCCGGGGCCGAUCCGGAUUCGGUAAUGGCCGACGCUUCGCCCACGUACUAUCACGACGCGUUGUCCAGUCACUCGUCGGAAGCGCUCAUGCACUUGCCGGCUUCGGAUCUCGAAUCGCUGGACGCGCCGGCCGUUCAUAAGGUCCUGGAGAGCGUGCAAAACGUGCUGAAAAACGAGAUGGCCGCCAAUUCGGGCAAACCGAUUCCCCCGAUGCCUAGCGCGUCUUUGCACCGUCCGGACUCGGCGUCGGCGUGGUCGGCCUUGUUCCCGGGACUAAUCGAAACGCCGGACGACGUGGCCCAUCUUUCCGGAUACCUGCUCCCGUCUAAAACCACGGAGUCGAUGGAAAAACCAUUCACGAAAAAACCAUUGGCGUCCACGAAGGUACCGUUGACGACCGCUCAACCGCCACCGACAACGGUAAAAUUACCGCCGCCGUCGUCUAUAAAAACACAGUUAUUGACCACGACAACAGAAAAAACCAGGCCCGCGCCGAAAUACACCACGGCGAAACCGGAAACGACCACAAAGUUCACUGCGGUGCAACAAUCGACGUCGUUCAAACCGGCGACGACGAAAAAGCCGUUCAGGCCGAUACAAUCGUUCGAAAAGCAAAAGCCGUCGUUGCAAAAGCCAACGUUAAUUUUGCACCCGACCGCUAGACCGGCCGUCAUGUCGGACAGCCUCGACAUCAAUAAGGAAAUGUCCGCUUCUAUAUCGGAUAUGCUUUCGCAGGUGACCGACAGCCAAUCGUCCAAUCACAAACCGUUACAGACGAACGCUUUGGUGGAGAAAGAUAACACGGAUUACGUGCCGGAAGAAAGUUCGCCGGAGUUGAGUUACUACAGUCCAAUGGCGAUGUCGAUGAGCUCAAUCGCGGCGCUGAAACCCGUUACGGAAGCGUUGACGUUGGCCAAAAAACCCGCGUCGAACACGCCGGCGCCGAAAUCCACGACCACCGAAAUCCCGUUUUCGCAAAAAACCACGUCUGCAGUCACGACAACGCGUUUCGGACCGACCAAGUCCAACGUGACCAAACCUCGGCCGUCCACGAAUGUCACCACUGCGUUGUACAUGACAAAACCGUCAUCGUACAAUCGGUUUAACGCAACCACCACCGUUUCUACGACCAGAAACAAUUACCAAUACCCGCCGAGCAACAUGUCCACUAAAUAUAUGCAAAAAAUCACGCAAACCACGCAAGUGUAUCCGAACAAAUUGAUUGAGCCCUACGUAAAAGUCGUGAACAAGACAAUCAAUAACACGACCCUGAGCGUGAAACAGCCGUCGACGACUGAAGUAUUUUGGAACACUACGGAGGACGCGAAGAACAAAUACGCGAACAAGGAGCCUAACAAAGUGUUCCAGACCAAAGUCACUUCCGCCCGGCCAAACGGCGUAAACCGGACAAACGUCACCCUGUCGAAUCGCGUACAAGAGCCGAAGCCUACGGUCACUCCGAGUGUCGGUCCGGUUUCGUCGUCUACGACCACGGUCCGCAGCCAAACGGAACCCGAUAAAUUCGUGUCGGUAAAGGUCGACGAUUGGCCAAUGACCGCUCAGCACCAUCCGACCGUUUUGCCUUCGACCACGCCGUACGCGAGCACGGAAAAGUCGUUCUAUUCCAGUAGCACCGUUAAUAACAAUCAGCCGACGAACGCCAUUACGGACGCGAAUGCCAUUAGAGAACUAAUAUCGUCUCUGAUGACAAAGCCGACUACUACUAGUACUACUACUACUACUACCACGACGACGUCCGCCGUAUCCGGUGUUGCCGUACCGUCGACCACUGUCGGCACCAUACAAACGCUGACUGCCGCGCAAUCGACCACUGCACCGACCCCGGUAAAAACCGUUUCCGGGAUUCCGGCGUCGGUAAUUCCGUUUACGACCGAAGUACCGGUAACGACGCCGACGUCGCCUACGACGACCACAGCGGGCUCGACUACGACCACAACGACGACUCCCGCGGCAACGACUCCCGCGGCAACGACGACGACGACGACGGCGGCGGCGGUAACAGCGCAAACGACCACGACCGCGGAAACCACAACGACGACGCCGGCACCACCGACUACGGGGAUGGAAACGUUGAAAACCGCCGUGGAAGCAGCGACGGGAGCGGCUACGGCCGGUAUGCCCGUAACGACAACGGCAACGGCGAGCGUGACGGCGGCGGCUGGUACGACGGCUGUGCCGACGACCGUUACUUCGGCUUCGACGGAGACCGCGACCGCGGCGAGGACAACGGCCGCGACCACGGUCGACGCUACGGCCGCGGGCACGGCGACCGCGGUGACGUUAACCACACCGGAACCAGAAACGCAAUAUGUCCCCGUCACGCAUUUCCUACCGGAAUUGCAAGUGAAAGACAGACUGGAAACCGAGAACAACGGCAGCAGUACGCCGCCGGGCGUGGAUCCAAUGCUCAAAGACGGUAUAUCAGCGGUGGCUAACAUGUUGCAAAACACUCAAAAGCCGGCCGUGCUUGACACGGAGUACCAAGAGAUCGGCCAACGGCCUUACGAAAAACUAAAACAAUCGUCCACCGAACAAGCCCGGAAACAAGCGACGGUCAAGUCGGAUUUCGGCGAGACCACCACCGUGUCCGAGAACGCCGUGACGCAAGAACUUUACGAAUUCACAACGACCACGGAAUCUUCUCCCACCAAGUUCCCGGAACUCAACGACACGGUCGCCAUGGAAUCGAUGACCGCCAACAGCACGGAACAGAUUAUGCGGAAUUCGGAACUCGGGCUGGAGAUGUUGACCGUGUUUAACGUUAGCUCCACCGGCGGUCCGGUGCAAGCCGCCAAGCUGGCCGAUCUGCCGGCGGUGACGCAGAAUCUGUACGACGUUACCACGCCGUUCGAAAAUCACAUCUCGACCGACCCGCCGUCCACGACCGAGGAACCGAACACCGCGACGACGCCCGGUCCCGCGACAGCGACCAGCGCGCUGCCGGCGACGACUACGGCGACGAGCACGACCGCGAGCGCCGGCACGUCGAGCAGCACAGCGGCCGCGACGACGACGGCUGCUGCAGCGGCCGCAGUCCAAAACCCGACUGCCGCCCCGACCGUCAACACCGUCGGAACGGCUGCGGCGCCGCCGAAUUCGACCGCGGCCGCGGCGCCGGCACCGUCCGCUUACCCCGGCGCCGUGAAAUCGCCGGGACCGUCGUCCAACGCGUACAGGCCGCUGGCCAACAGCGCGUCGCCGUCAACGGUCGAGUUACAUCCCGCGCCGCACGAGAGCAUGGGCCUGGAGGCGAGCGUGGCGUUCCUGGGCGACGACGUGCGCCGGUUCGCCGACCUCUGUAACGAGCUGUCGUUCAAGAUGUGGACGGCCGUCACUGGCAAGGGGCAAAUAGCGUCCAGGAGCCUGGUGCUGUCGCCGUUCGAGUUGACCGCCAUGCUGGCCAUGGUGUUCCUGGGCGCCCGCGGUUCCACUUCCGGACAAAUGAACGACGUCCUCAGACUGGACGACAUGGUCACGUUCAAUCCACAUCAAGUACUCCGGAACAUAACUCAUUCGAUAACAAACGUAAACAACCCGGGAGUGGCCACCGCGUCGUUUGUUCGCGAGAUAUACAGUAACAAAGUGAGUGCCGAGCAGCGUAGUCUGUUUUCGUUAAAAAAAAAAAAAAAAUGUAAAACCGAUUUUACCGAUAAUGAAUCUACAAAAAACCACGCGCGAGUAUAUUAUGCUUAACCGUUUUACUGUUUUAGGGAAAUGGAAAAAUUCUAGAGUUUUAUAAGGAACGCGUACAGCAGUAUUACGACGGGCACGUCGAAGAAGUCGACUUCAAUACAAUCGGGGACGUCCUGAGAAGGCGGACAAAUUUAUUAGUGAAAAGGCAAACAUUGGGCCGCGUUGUAGAAUAUCUCCGCGGAUCCGGUUUGAGUUUGACACCGCCGUUCGCCGCAUUCAGCGCUAACGUAUUCCAGGUAAAAUGCAUUCGCGUGCGAUUUCCCCCGACGUAUUUGACUUUUGAAAUAUUCAAGUAUUUAUCAUAUUAUUCCGGUCGAAUUACACGGAAGAAAUACGGAGGUCGGGUGUGUGUAGGCACCGACUAAAGUCUGGUACAUAAAGUGUACACCUCGAGUAUCGACUCGAUUUAUGAUUAUUUUUGCUCGUUGUAAGUAAUAUUUUAUUUAACUAACAAAAACGGUUUUCGGCUGUUUCAGACGAGCUGUGAGAGCGCGUCUACCGAGGGACGAGACGGCGAGAUGUAUUUCGUAGUGAGACCUUCGACGAGGCAACGGCGACUGGUACCGGUGCCGGCGGCGGUGUGGCGCAGCGGGUUCUUGGCCGGCUACGAGCCCGGACUGGACGCCACGGCGGUAUGUCUGAGCCCGGAUUCGGCCGUGUCCACCAUACUGGUGUUGCCCGGCCAACAGGGCCAGGUGGCGCCGGGCGACGGGCUGGCCCGGCUAGAGCAGCGGCUGAUCGAGACGUCGUACCGGCGAGGUGGCUGGUCCCGGAUCUUGCGGAGCUUGUUGCCCAGGCCCGGACUAGAGCUGCAAGUGCCCAGGUUCUCGCACCGGUCCGUGCUCAACACCACGGCCGCCCUGCAGAAAAUGGGCCUCAAGGACGUGUUCAACGACCAGAAAGCCGACCUGAGGGGCGUCAACGGGCUUUACGAUCUGUACCUGUCCGACAUGCUGCAAGUGAACACGUUCAGCACGUGCGGCGAAGACGUGAUCGGAGCCCGGCACCACGUGGAGACGUAUCCCGCGUCCCCGCAGCGGAUGGGCCGCGUGGAAAUGCUCGCCGACCGUCGCCGCCGCCGCCGUAAGCGUCACGCCGACGACCUGUUGCUGUACAACCCGUACUCCCACCUGCCGUUAAACCUCCGGCCCAGGCAAGCCAGGCUCCCGGACGUGCCCAGGCUCAGGUUUGACAGGCCGUUCCUCUAUCUGGUCCGACACAACCCCACCGGCAUGAUCAUUUACCUGGGUAGAUUCAAUCCGAGGCUGUUGCCGUGAAUAGAUAUCGCUGCGGGCGCACUAAAAUGAUCGGUAACAGUUCUCGUUCCGAAUUAUUAUUAUUAUUAUUAUUAUUAUUGUACUAUUUACUAUUAUCAUUAUUAUUAUCGUUACAUAAUUAAGCGCGUGCGCAUUUUAUUGCCGAAUCGCCCGAUUCCCGAUCGCAGUGCCAAACACGUGUUCAUCGCGCUCGAUGCGUUGGCGGAAAUUAUUUGAGAGGGAGGGGGGUGGCGAGGCUUAAAACCCUUGAGCCUCCGCGCGAUUUCCGCCGACGGGGCCCCGUCGCUAACAUUUGUUUUCUGUCGCGCCGGACGGACAGGUACGCUCGGCACUUUCGCGGUUGCGACUCUCCGGUCGAGUCUCCGGCAAACGGAUCUGUUAUAUAGAUUACGUAAAGAAGUGUAUUUUCACUAAUCGGAUUUUACCGCAACGGUGUUUGUUUGUUUGUUUUUUUUUUUUUCAAUUCAGAUAGCACUCAGUUAAUCCACUUAAUUUUAACCGCUAACAAAUCCAAUAAGAAACGGCACUAACAUCAAACGAAAACUGUCCGGAAAAGCCCUGGGGAGUGUACUCUUCUUUAUAGCAGCCCGUUAUUAGGGCCCCUUCGCCCCAAACUCACCCGGAUCGUCGCAAUGGCGGUGAAAGUGCGGAACGCCUUUGUCGCUCUGUUUACGUGCGAGACGGACAGAGAAAACGCGAUGUCAGAGACGAGGCCCCUUGAAAAAGCGUUUGACGCGCGGAAACUUUGCAGCCCGUCUCUACAGCACGAAUAACGAAUAAAUACAUUUUUUUUUUUUUUUAAAGACAAGGUUUUAGAAAAAAAAAAACCCGAUUUACACACGUCGCUGCGGUCGUGCGAUCUUGUUUUUGGCGAUAAAUUAUAUUUGGUUUUAUGGAGAUUAUAAACGGUCGAUUUCACUGACAUUUAACAAUAAAAGUAUUUAAAAAUAAACAAACGAUAUUUGUAAAUAGUUUUGUGAUCUUGGUGAAAUCGACACAUUUUUUUAAAAAAAAAAAUAAAAAAAAAAAAUAAACGUUAAUUUACUUGUACUUAUAUUAUAUACAUAUGUAUUUUUUUUAUACGAUUUUAGAUAAUUAUAUAGUGUGUAGAAGAAUCAUUUUUUUUUUUUUUUUUCGUACGGAAUAUAAUUAUUUGAAAGUAUUAUUAUAUUACUAUUAGAGUAAUGAUAUUAUUAUUAUUAUUAUUAUUAUUAUUAUUAUUACACACUGAAAUAUUAUGCGCUACACUGCUACUGUAAAAUUGUGACACGCUUUGUGAUAUAUUUUGGCAAUUUAUAUAGUAUUAUAAAUUAUUAGAUUUUUUUUUUUUAUAUACGUUUAAAAUAGGUAUAGGUAUAAGAUUGUUCCUAGUUUUUAUUUUAUUUUUUUUUUUUCUAUAUUAUAUACAUCGGAAACAUUUAUACGCUGUUCAACCAGUUUAAUUGAAAAAAAAAAAAAAACGAUAUUUUUUAACUUGGUUAUAUAAAUAUGAUUAAAAUAUAAUAUACUUUUUUAUGUACACCUACAACAUUUUUUUUUUUUUUUUUUUUUUACAGAGCGAAAAAUAAAACUUUUUUUCUAUACACCUUAUAUGUAUAUUGUGUUUACCAAAAAUAUUCCAACGAGAUCAUUUAGCGUUACUCAAAGAACUCCGCGAGGAAUAAACGAAAAAUAUUAUAGGUAACGUUAUAAACUUGGCCGACGGCGUAUAUUUUAGUUUGCACGCGCUGAUAAUCGAGUUUCGGUACGGCACUUCGGAAUAACGCGUUUUAUUCGCGACAUCGACGGAUUAUCCACGAUUGGGUGUAAUCGCAGAGACUAGACUAUUACCGCACUCAGACCCAGACUAGUCUCACUUGGGUGUAACCGUGGUCUGUACCGCGACUGAAUAAUAAACAGGCGCGUCAGCAGCCGGAUGACAGUGCGCACGAAACGUCCCCCGGACUUAGAAACACACGCUAACAUACGAGGAAGAAUAUCAAAAACCCGGUGUACAAACGAACAGGUAUAAACGCUGUUACAGCCGAACAUUAAUAUGAAAUAUUAUUAAUUGUCAUAUUUCGGGUUUUAUUCUAAAAUCUAAGGUGCUGUUGAACAGAAUUUCGCACCGUCGAAAAAUUAUGUAUUAUUAGGCAGGUACUAUAGACAGGCCCGGAUUAAACGUAUGGGCGGGGUAGGCACGUGCCUAGGGCAAGGCAAUAACAGGGGCAAUCCAGUUUCUAGUGAUGCACAAUAGCAUACCGAUAUUAAGCAUAUAAAAAUGGAUUAGGUAACGUAAUAGUUAUAAAUUUUAAAUCACUUAUGAGUUGUAAAAUAAUUGUACAGUUAAAAUAUCGGUUAUGAUACACAUGCGGAACGUAUGGGAAUAUGUAUCCAGUGCUAUAAUUGAACUUCAUCCGUUCCUGAGUCAAUAUCACAUCAAUAGGUAAUUUGCUGGAAAAAAAAUAAACAUUAUGUUUAUUUUGACGAGCCGAUUCAUCGUUCGAACGAUUCAUUGUAUUAACGACUGGUUCGAACAAACUACCGCAUUUUCCACUGAAUCAUGAUCCAGAUCAUUGUCCUUUUUGGGAAAUUUGUAACUAAAUGUAUUAACACUUGGUUCGUUGGCGAACGACGUUCGAUUUGUUCGUGAGGUGAGUGAGUAUACGUACCGAAUCGUUCUUUUGGGUGAAUCGUUCGUUCGCGAACUAUACAUCUCUGCUGUAAACGCAUACCGCGUAGAUUCAAAUUAGAUCAUUCAAUAAUGUAUGCAGGUACGUAGCUAUUGCAUACAAACAUAAUAUACAAGGUGAUCCGUUUAAGUGGGUACACUUUUAAUGUUUCCGGCGUAAUAAGUGUACACAAUUGAAUGGAUUACCUUGUAUAUUGCAACAUUUUGGAGUGUUUAAAAAUCGCGUUGUUGACAAAAAUUAUUGAAAUAUACCAUGUUAUAAAUGAUUUAUGUUUGUUAUUGUGCGUGUACAUUUUUAUCCGCGUAGCAACCGCCCACCUCGAGCGUAACAGAUGAAAACAUAAUAUUGUAUAACUCCGCAAAUUUUAUCUCGUGAUGAUGUAUAACAAUUUAAAACCGUACCGUCUGUUUGCCGAUAAUCACGGCGAUAAACCCGUUUCAGAACGAUUAAUAUAUUUAUUUUUUUUUUCUUUCUGAUCGUAUUGUUCAUUAUAAUCGUUUUUUUCGUUAAUCAAAAGAAAAAAAAAAAAACGUAAUCAUUUUACGAUUAUUUUAAUCGAUAGUAAUAUAAUUUAUUAUUACACUGUCUAAAACUGAGGGCAUCGCUUGUUCGUCAAAUAGGCACUCGUCGCUAUUCGUUGAUUUUUACAUAUUAAUAAUAUUAUUCUCAUAAUUACGAAAAUAUUGUCCGACUAUUAAUAGACAAACGAUAAAGUUUUAUUUAUACCGGAAAACGUGUAAGACAUGUACACAAAUGAAAAGAUAAAUACGCUAAUGAAUGCACAAAUAUUAUAUUGUAUACACGUUCAAAGUUCAAACUACAAUAAUAACAACAAUUAUUGCGUGUAUAUUAUAACAAAACAAAAAUAAUAAUACAAAAUUUUACCUACACUUGUUUUUAGAUUCUGAGUUGAACGAGGAAUGUAUUGGUGUAUUUACAACGAUGUUUUUUUUUUUGUUUUUUUUUUUAUGCAAACACAUUUUCUACCAGAAAGCGUACUCCGAUUAUCAAGUAUAGCGUCUUUUCUGAAAGGAAAUUUUCUCUGGGUGGUACUUGAAAGAGGUCAUUUUUUGAAAUUCUCAUUGUUAUUCGAGAUAAUGAGGAAAACCUCGGUCGUUAAUUUAAAAAAGAACGAAAGAUUAAAAAUAAGGUUAUCAUUAGCGACCGGUUUUAUUUAUUUUUUGUUAUUAUUGAGUUUAUAUUAUUUUUAAUCUUUUUAAACAAUCAUUGUUGUCAUGGAAACGCACAUUGUGUUAGUAAUUUUACCAUAAUAUGACAUAAUACCAUAUAUUAUAUUGUCGACAAAGCAAUAUUAUCAACUGAACUCGGCUCCGAAUCGUUUUUUCGUUAGCAAUGGUUUAUCGUUGCUUACAGAUAUACAUUAAUUUCCGUCGUCCGUAGUCUACCUUCCCAACUUCCCACCUACAACGGUGGCGAAGUAUGCCCGUCCUUUUUCUUUCAUAUGUAUAAUAUAUUAUAAUAUUACGCGCGCAUAAAUAGCCGGAUUUCGUAUUUCGUUGUUUUUCGUAUUGGCAUUUUGUUUAAUCGGCAAAUAAAAAAGUAAUAAAAUAUGCGUAUGAAAUACAAAAUAAUAAGGUAUCCAGGAUGAUGAUAAUUAAGGCGGGUGUAUACAUUUUUAACGACACUUCGACAAUACCCAGUUUACUAUGCUAUGAUAGUUUCAAAAUUAAUAUUUUGAUGUGAGGGGACUAUUAUCCAUGUAGGUGCAAGUAAACAAUUGCGAAUUACACAACGAUCGCGAAUGUUUUCGCCUGCCUUUUUUUUUUUUCGUAGGGCGUUGCCGGAUCAGAUAUUUGUCGAUUAAAUUUAUACAACAAACAUAUUACGUGUCCAAAUUUUGUUUGAUUUUCAAAUGAUCAAAUCAAAUCGACAAUGGUGUUCUGCUACUACGCCGGGCGAUAACAUAUACGUUGUAGAAUAAAAUAUACUAACAUAUUAAAUAUAAAUUACAAAUUUUGUCCAUACCUAAUAUUUUUCCUACGUUUAUAAUAUUAUAAUUUGAUGGAAAACCAGUUUGAUUCGUAUAAUCGUACAGUGUUCGUGAUUCGUAUUAGGUACCAAGGAAAAUAUUGAAACUAAUCGACAUUUUGAACACUAUUAUAUUGUUUUAGUUUGUAACGUAGUUAUAUGAUGUUAUAAUUAAAACCCCGAAUAAAAAAAAAAAACACGUUAAGAACAAUAUACAUUGACUAUAAACUUGGAAACCUAACUUAAAAAAAACGCACGCAAUCGUUCGUUUUUCGGCCGAAAGAAAAACUAGUGUAUCACGCAAUUUGUUCAACAUUAAUAAUAAACGAACAAAUACUGUGAAUAUGAGAAUAAUACGUUUCACGCCUCGUCAAUUGCUAUUUUGUAUUUUAUUGCGGGUAGCAAAUUGUUUAAAAAGAGAAAACAAAGCACUGCGCCUGCCGCCUAGGCUAUAAACCUCUUGGAAGGGGAGGUGAUGAUGGAUCGUUCGCAUCAGCCCCCUCGAGAAUCGCCGAAGCAAAUAUUUUCAAAAAAAAAUGUCCAAAUAUUGUAUUUACGCAACGAAAAAUCACAUUGAAACGAAUAUUCAGAUUAUAAUAUAUUAAAAGCAAUGCCGUUAAACCGUGAGUUCACUGUUUGAUUAAACACUUUAUAAAACAUUCCUAACGAUUUCCACUAAAACAGCGCCGCGGGAAAGAAGUUUUCGCGCAUUUUCCUGAACAACAAUGGCCAACAAUAACGCCGUGGCGAUAAUUUGGCUCUGUUAGGUAUACUAAUCGGAAAAAAGAACGUCAUUGACGAAAAAGGAAAUGUCGACCAUCGGAGGGUUUUUAACAGCAGCAGCACCUAUGCACAUGCUCAGCAUCGCUUACACUCGGUAUGACUCGUGUAGUUAAAUGUAUUUUUUUUUUUUUAUAACUAUCUAUAUCUCGUACACAUAAAAUUCAAAUACCGCUGACUCACUGAUCGCUGUAGCCCAAAAACUACUCAACGUACGCACUUGAAAUUUGGAAUAGCGGUUCCUCCGAUACUUUCACCGUGCAACGAGAAAGAAUUUUUAAAAAUUCAACCCCCAAGAUGGUUGAAAAAAAAAGGGGUUUUCACGUAUAUAUUUGGUACGAAUGUCUAAUUGUAUAUUUAUUUAUUUUUGUUUACAUUGAAUAAAUAAACAAAAACGGCCGAUAGUUACCUCGAUGUUACGAAAAAGAAAACUAUUACAGUUAUUAUUAUUAUUAUUAUUACCAUCACCAUUAUUUGCGAUAUUAAAAUUUCGCAGUAGAACACGAUUUUUCCGCCGAAGGUGGACAGCCCACUUUCCGCCCAUCUGUUUUCAUUCAAUUCUGACACCGUCGAAACCGUGGAUUAAUACGGACGAAACAAUAAUAUUGAAAAUUGGCACGGGCAACGCCGGGCGCGGGACAGCUGGUGUUGGGUGUAACGUGUGCGAUUUAUUACAACGUAACUAUGUACGCUCGGUGUAUUAAUUAAUUAACAUUAGUUAACCUAAGAGACUAAUUGGUCUUAUUAGUGAAAACCGGCACGCCGUCUCAAAAAUUGGAUAUCUACCUGUUAUCUUCGUGGUACGUUUGAGAAAAAAAAAAAAAAAUCAUACAAUUGGCUACCCCGAACGAUUCAGCACCGUUAUGUAUACGUAUACAUUAAUUUUUUUUCCCGGAGUCUACUGCUUUUUAGCUUAUAGACACAAUCGCAACGAAGUCAAUCCUCGUAUCAGUUUGAUAACGUUUUUACUAUUAUCUCGUUAAAACAAUUUAUUUCGACGGUAAUUCGACUUGCCCUCCGCCGCGGCGGUUAGCGAUAACCGGAUAACCGUUUCCGCACGGUCCGCGACGUUUCCGACGUGUCCCGGAACCACGCGGACAGCCGGUCGUUAUUUUCGCGGGACGAAACGCCGGUGUCGGGUCCGGGGCGGAAAAGCAAUACAAACGAAAAGGGAAAACUCCGCGGGCGAACGGGGUAUGCGGAUUUUCGUUUCGCCGAAAAAGUCGGCGGCCGGUCAUUGAGUUACGGGCACUGUAACACGAGGGGGUCGCGUUUCAAGGGGAGUGAAAACCGAUCGCAAUUAUUACCGUUAUUAUCGUCGCCGUCGUCGUCGUCGUCGUUGUUCCGCCGUUGCGCGCGCGGGCAGUGGCGGUGAGCGUUGUUUGCGGACGUUCGCUGACGUGCGCCGCAUCACAUGUCCCGCUCGUUAUCGCCCGCGCCGUUUACGCGGUCUCGUUAACGGUGUUAACCACGUGCAGAUAACACAAUCGAUCGUAAAUGUAUUUUUUUUUUUAAUACGCGUGCUGUGCGCGGCGCAUAUCGUGUACGUCCUGUUAUUAUCGAUGCGCGCGCGUGUGUGUGUGCGCGUGUUAUAAACACUAAACUGCGCGUGUGAACGCACGGGUACAUACAAACAAACGAGCGCGUUCUUAUCCGUAUUACAAUAUUGUUAUCGCGCGGAAACCGCGAUGAUGUUUUUUUCCUUUUUUUCUCCCUCCCGCCCCCCCCGGUAUUGUAUCAUUGAAUAAAAAAACCUCGCGCCCGGCGCCGAGCUCGUCCCGCCACAAGUCCCGGAACGUCCAUCGAGCGCAGACAUGAGGAACGACAGCCGACUCAAAUUGAAAUCCGAAUGUUUCGCCAUCAACAGGCUGCAGCUGUUGGAAUAUGAAUAUCACGACGCUCUCAACGAUCUUGAAAAAGUGCGUACUCAAAACGUAUAACGUUAUUACGUGUCGCGGUCGCUGCGCGUGAUUCGUUGCACGGUAUUACGGGGUUUUGGUGUUUUUAUUUCUCGUCGAUUUCGCUUUGUUUAAAACCGUUCAGCGGUCUUAUUUAUAACACUCCCAAAACAAUCGUCUUGCCCUCGCCCCCGUAUAAAAUCAUGUUAAACAAUCGACUUUUAAUUUUCAAACAGCAACCGACAUUUUUUAACUGCCUCUGUUCGAAAAGCGAAGGUAAAAAUGUUUUUUAAAAGAAACCGAAAUCGAAUUCAUUCGAAAUCCCCGUAAAAUCGCCCCGUGUUUAUAUUAUAUUUUUAUCUAUUUGGUCUAUCAAAUCCUUCCGUUUUUCUACUGGAGUUCGUGCAAUAAAAAAUAAUAUCUAAUCGCACUCACGCGUAAACACUAUUGGUUUUUUCAAUUAUAAAUUAUUUUAUUUUACUAACUAGUGCGUACAUAGAUUAUAGGUAGGCGUUCAUAGUGUUUAUAACAACGAUCCGAAGAUUUAAACACGCGCAAAUAACCGCUAAUCAGAGUUUUAAAAAUAUAAUUACCCAUCACUUGCUAUAAAAAUUCAAACAGCGUCGAACUGAACGCUAGGAAAAACUCGUUGAAAAUACACGUACCCUACGGAGUGUGACAUUUAUACGGACAUGAAACCCGGUCGCAUAAGAAAGCGUUUGAAAUGUGAUGUUAUCAAAAGACGCUCAUGAUUUCGCAGUGUGACAAAGUAACAAAUGGAAAAGUUUUGAGGAAAGGAAAUUUAAAGGAUAGAAGUAAUAAUAUGAUUUGCGGACACAAAUCGUGAUUGUCAGUUGAAGCGGUUACGGACAACCGAAGAUGGAAUAGGUAUAUAUCACGUAUUCUUAAAGACAUGGCAAUGGAAAGUUGUUGAAGGUCGAAGGAUUUGAGAAUUAACAGAGAAGUAUAGAACGCUACAGCCAACCAAUCCCAAAAUCGUAGACAAACAAAGAGAGAGAAAGAGAACCGAUAAUCAUAUUAUAUGAAUAUUAUUAUGACUGAUUUUCGUUCGUUCACAACCAUCGGUUAUGCUGUACAAAUUAAAGGCGCGUAACUUCUUAAUAUUAUGACUACGGAAAAAUGCCAACGAUUAAAAAUAGUUAACAGCCAGCUAAUUUUUGUAGUUUCGUUGGAUUAUUAAUAACUAAAUAAAAUGUAAUUUAUAAUUUUCUGCAUAGUUUAAAUUUGUGCGCUCGGUUACCUAUACUAAUAAGUGAUAAUAAUAUUGAAAUUACUAUAAUAUAGCCGUUUCGUUAUUAAAAGUACUAUGUAUAUUUUUUAAUGAUUGGACAUAAUAUUAUAUUAUUUAAGUAUAUAAUUUUGCGAUAUUUUAAUUAUUAUAGACGCUAAGUAUAUAAUAUAGCGGAAGAGCUAUUAGUUUUACUAAAAUGUAUGGUUUUUCACUGGGUGAACGUAUUUUUUGGUCGGUAAAAAUACUCAAAAUUGUACACAUCGUGCUUUAAACGACGCAAAUGUUCCCCCGGUAAUACAUAAUUUGAACAUUUUUUUCUAAAUUACCGACAGUUUUUCUUAAAAACUUCUUUGAAAAAAAAAAAACUCAUAAUAAAAAAUGGCGAUACAUCGGUUUUAUUUUUGUUGAUUUUUGGGUUGCUUUGGUUACACGUUCGAAAACGCGACUAUUACCUAUACUGCAAUAACAUCUUAAACAUCAAAAUCGAUUUUUUUCGAUUUUUAUCGUAAUAAUUUACAGUUGCUUUCAGUCUGCAUAAACUAAAUUGUCUCCUAUAAAAUAUUGUAUCCAAUACCUUUAAAAGUAAAAGUUUUAAAGUUCUCACUUAAAACAGUGACAGAUGUGCGGUUUUUUGAAUCAAUAAUGUUGUUCUCGCGUGUUUAUAAUGCUUUUAUAAUAUAUUUAAUUAUAAGCUAAAAUCGAUUAAAAAUUUAAACCCUAUAUGUGUAUUGUUUAUUUUUAACGCCCUUUACUGCCGAUCGCGAUAAGUGUAUGAAAAGUUAUGAUUGGAUAUCGUAAAGUUCGUACUUUUAAUUUUUUUUAAUCGUAAAAGGUUGGCGUUUGAAUGUCAAGGUUAGAAACUAUAAUUACUUAUUAGCUACCUACCUGUAAUACACUAAAUAUUGAUAAUGAAUUUAAAAUCAAUCGUAAAUGUUAAUAACAAUGUAAUAAUUAUAGUUUUCGAACGAAAACAGUACAAAAAAUGUAAUUCUAUUACUAUAAAAUUUAUAUUAAUACAUAUUUAAUAUGUAUAAACUUAGAUCAAAAAUAUUUUAUUAGAGUCAAAAUCGAAACACCCGCCUUAAUUAUUGAGACAUGAUUUCAUUAAAAAAAAAAUCUAAUACUACAUCUGUAUUAACAGGCGUACCAGUGUUGUACAAAUAGGAAGUUAGAAAGUUAAAACACAUAAAUAAAUUAUAUGAUUUAUAUUUGUGCACGCAACGAUUAAUCAUGUUAACGAAAUACGAUUCUGAGCGAAGUUCGGUUAAACAUGAUUUGAUAAACUUAAAUUUAAAUCGCAAGGGAAAUCAAAAAAUUACAUCCUCAAUGCGGUUAUACGCGAAAUGCCAUAAUUACUCCGAUUGUAUGAAAACUUAAAAGCUUCGUAUAUACAUAUUACGACACUCGGGAAAUCUGGAAAAUUAUAAUAUGUGUACUUACCUACUUCUUAGAAUUAUUUUGAUGGCAUUAUAAUCGUAGUCGAUUGCGUGCAAUGGAUUGGAAUUUAUAGGUGAACCAAGUAAACAACAACACAUUUGUAUUCAACACGAUCCAAUUAUUGUUUAACGUUAUAAUAACUGAGCCAUUUUUAUUUAUUUAUUUUUUUAACAAGAAUUCGAUAUUUAAAACACACCAUCAAGGUCACCUAUUGUUAAACGGAUAGGUAAAUGACGUGCGACGGGUACAGUAAAUUAUUUAUAAGUAAAUAAUAGGAAUAUUAUAAAGUUCUAUUGACCCGUGUUGUAUACGUAGACGUAGACGUAAUGUAUACUUACACGGAAAUACACAAUAAUUAUGAUGUAUAGGAUGGUAAGACAAAUAAAAAAAAAAAAACCAAUCACGACAUAGAUACGUACUUUUUGAGACAAUAUUUUAUUUUGUAAUAUUUGGUUUUUUGUUUUAUUUUUAUUUUUUUGUUUUUUUAUUCAAGAAUUGUGGAAUUUGUAAAAUAAUAUUUACAAUCAGCACAAGUGAAGGGUGUUAACAGUUUACGAGUAUCGAGACAGUAGGCGUGAGCGAAGGGGCCAACCAUUGUUGGUAUUUCAGGAUUAUCAUUUUAACUACAGUUUUUAAAUAUUAUAAAACUAUAAAAGGUAUACGAGUAUACUAAAUCAUGCAAAAAUUGCGCAAAAGGAAUAACUCUCGUAGAAAAGUCACAGCUUAAAAAUUACAGAUCACCCUAUUUAAAAACGCAUGACAGUUUAUACAUUUAUAACCAAAAAUACAGUACCUACGCAGUACAAGUAUAAAUUAGUGGUUAAAAUAUUAUAUCAUAUAACGCAAUUUACUGCCCUUACAUUGUUCGCAUCAUCCUAUAGGUAUAAUUUAUUUAUUCAAUUUAAAAACAUUGUUUUUCUACAUAAUAAUUGUUUAUCAGAAUGUUAUUUUCUUUAUUAACAAAGAUUAAAGUGUAUGUACUAGCUUCCUUAAAGUAAUAAAUUAUAAUCUAUAAACUCCUAAUCUGAAUAACAUCAAAACAAAUUAUACGAAGGCAUAGGUAAUAUUUUUUAAAACUGUUAAUUUGUUUUUGUGUUAAAAUAUCGCCAGUAAUUAUUCUUUAACAAUAUUUUCAUUUUAAUAAACUUUAGAUUCUGAGCGAAGCGAGGAAUGUAUUGGUUUUACAAUGAUGUUUAUUUUUUUUUCUGUGAACAAUUUUUCUAUCAGAAAUCUUGUUCCCACGUAUCAAGUGUAGCACUUUUUCUGAGAGAGAAUUUUUUCUAAUUGAUAGGUACUUAUGAGAAGUUAUUUUUCAAUUUUCCGAGCAUUUUUCGUAAUAAUUAUGAAAAACCUGGUAGUAACGUAGGAAAAUCGGGAAUACUUAUGAAAAUAAUGUUUUUAAUUCAAUUCAAAAUGUGUGUAGUGACGUGAAAUUUGGAGGUAAAACUCAUAUUUUCAUUUUCUAGACGUUGGAAAAUGUUUUAACUAUUUAUGGAGAUUUUAAUUUUGCGAGUUUUUUUACGUAUUGUUAUUCGGUAAGUACUCUGAGGAUAAAAUUGCUUAACCAAACAGAAAUGUUUGAAAAUUUAACUGGAGGUAUUUAUAAGUCAUACUUUAUGGUAAAAAAAAUUCUACAUUACACUAAUUUUUUUUUUUUUUGAGAAUUUUAACAUCAAAUGUUGACAAAAAUCGUAAACAUUUCGGCCUUUCAAAACAUCGCUCAGAAUCGUUUUUCGUUAGCAAUGAUUAAUCGUUACAUACAGAUAUAGACAUACAUGAAAUUCACCUCUAUAUCCUAUACCUUCCCAACUUGUCGCAUACAACAGUGGCUCGCUCACCCGUCAUGCAAAGUGUGUCCGUCUUUAAAUGAUUUUUUAUUUUUUAUUGUAAUAAGUGUAUAUGUUUUAAUUCACUAAAAUUUUACUUGGUUAAAAAUGUAAAAUAUUUCAUUUAGAUACACAAUAAUAAUAAUAAUAAUUUGUCCUAUAUUUUAAUCAUAUAUAAAAUACACUAAACUUUAAACACGCAUUGAUAAACUAUUGGCCGCUGAUAAAAAAAUACUUAAAAUAUAAACUUAAAAAUUCUAUCGGUAUAAUGUAUUGAUUCUAUUAAUCUUUGGUAAAUAAAAAACGGAAUACGUGCUAACUGAUAUAAAAUUUGUUAUAAAACGGAGGUAUUAUAGCAGUAUGCUUCUAUAUUAUAUUAUAAAAAAAAAAUAAAAAAUAUCUAAUAGAAUAUUAUAUUUCGAGCCCUAGUCAUUUUGAAUUUUUCGCCAGUUAAAUAAGAUUUAGGUUGGAUUAAUAACACACGUAUAUUUUGAUCCACCAUUAAAACAUAAUACAGUCUACAAAUAUUUAAUUCUCUACUAGCUUACUGCAAUGUAAAGAUUGGUAUUUACCUUUGAUAAGAUUAAUUAGCGUUAAUAAAAUGGGCCAAUGCACUUUUACAUCAAUCUGACUGAGUUUGUAUGUAGGUUAUGUAGUAAGUACUUAAUGUUAUGUAGUACUUUAUUAGUACUUAUAGACAUAGAUAAAUAAUUUUAACCCGGGCUCGGAACGAUUAACAACUACAUAUUUCUUUUAACAGUUCUUAGAGAUACCUAAGUGGGCUAUAAAUUUGUUUUAGAUAACCGAGAAGUUAAAUUCUAUUUUUUUUUUUUACCUAUUUUUACAUAUUUCGAAGUUUUGAUGCGUAUCGCCAUAUUAUUUAUAUCAUUUUCAGCACAUAUUUUAUAUUAUAUUUAAGAGCGUGUUAUAAUAAUUAUUGUUCUUGUAAUAAUCUCUUUUAGAGCUACAAGUUACGAGCUCUGAUUUCAAUACAAUCGAGAUUAAGUGAAUAUUUGUUAAUGAAUGCUUGUUAUUUUUUUUCUUUCUAAAUUUAGGAACAAAUAUCCUUUAGUAUUGUCUCCGACGUUUGUCUACCGGUGUCAUUGUUGGUUCUCAUAGUGAUAUGGGGUUACCAAUUGAACGCGAUGACUAUUGACACCGAAAGCGGGGAAAACCGUACAAUGUUGCUGGUGUACGGUAUUGGGCUGAUUGUAGUCUCGGGGACAGCGUGCGUAUACAUCGCCAUACGAAUGGCAGUUAUGCGACCGCCAAAAGAGCCCGUUAUUCUACAAGGAGAGGUAAACAUUUGUAAUAUUAAAUCAUAUUUUAACUAGAAAGAGUAGAGUAAGAGUAAGAGUACGGUAUAGUGAGAGUAUGGUAAUAGUGGCCAACCGAAUAAUGCACUCUGCUUGGCCGACAAGCCUUUGGCCACACAAUAAAUCCCACUAGCGUCUUCCUCCGCUACUCAUCUCUAUUAAAAUUUCAUAUUUUUACUACGUAUACAUUUUGGAUUUUGCUUUUUUUACAUUAGAUUACGGAUUGCAGUUGGUUUGAUCCAGUCCAUAUCCUAUAGCUACGGUUUUGAUAAUGAGAUCUUAUUUUUUUUUGUUUUAUUAAAAUCAAAUAAAAAUAUUAUUCAAGUACCUACCUAGAACAGUCAAAAUUUUACUUUUCAUUUUCUAAACAACUUGACUCAACUUAACUUAAGAGGUUUUAUUAAAUAUAGGUACCUUAUUAUAAUAUGUAUGUAUUAUAAGUUUGUAAUUUUAUUUAGUUUAUAAUUGGUUUUACAAUUAUGUAUAUUUAUUUUAUAUUUUCCUGGGGCCAACUUUUCUACCAGCGAUUUCGCUCCGAUGUACAAUGAUAGCAUUUUUUCUAAAAGGAAAUCUGACUAAAUCCCAAUACAUGGGAAAAACCGGGAAAAAAACCAGGAAAAACGGGAAAAUAUGUACAUCAUUAAAUACACAUUAUUAACGAAAAUAUAUAAUGCAUAUAUGUAAUUAUUUUACCAUAAUAUGACAUGUAUAUAUAUAUAUAUAUAUAUAUAUAUUGUGUACGUAGCAACACUAUCAACCGAACUCCACUCAGAACCGUUUUUUUUCGUUAGCAAUGGUUUAUCGUUGCUUAUAGAUAUACAUUGAAUUUUCCCUCAACGACCUUCCCAACUUUAAUAUUAUUACAUUGAUGAUUAAUUAUUUUUUUCAGGUGUGUCCUUUAUACGUAGAAAAAAAAAGAUCUCAACGUUUCUAUUAUCAAACUAUACCUGAAAUCCAUAGAAAUAAUAAAAAGAUAAAUACAACUUUUAUUGUGUAA